AUGGAUGAAUUUGAUAGAGAUCUAGAUAAUGAAAUAGAAUUUAGUCAUAAAUCAACAAAAGGUGUAAAAGUACAUCGUACCUUUGAAAGUAUGAAAUUAAAACCUGAACUUCUAAAAGGAAUAUACGCAUAUGGAUUUGAAGCACCCUCAGCUAUUCAAUCAAGAGCGAUAAUGCAAAUUAUAAGUGGUAAAGAUACUAUAGCUCAAGCCCAAUCAGGUACUGGAAAAACAGCCACUUUCUCCAUUGGGAUGCUAGAAGCAAUUGAUACCAAAUCAAAAGAUUGUCAAGCAUUAAUACUAUCACCGACAAGGGAAUUAGCAGUACAAAUUCAAAAUGUUGUGAAACAUUUGGGAGAUUAUAUGAAUAUACAAACACACGCGUGUAUUGGUGGUAAAAAUGUUGGAAUGGAUGUUAAAAAAUUACAACAAGGACAACAAAUUGUAAGUGGAACGCCAGGUAGAGUGCUAGAUGUUAUCAAAAGAAGAAAUUUAUCAACAAGACAUAUUAAAAUAUUGAUUCUAGAUGAAGCAGAUGAGUUAUUUACCAAAGGUUUUAAGGAACAAAUAUAUGAAAUCUACAAGAGUCUACCGUCUGGUGCUCAAGUCGUUGUAGUUAGUGCUACAUUAUCCCAUGAAGUUUUAGAAGUGACAAAUAAAUUUACAACUGAUCCGGUCAAAAUUCUAGUCAAACAAGAUGAAGUUAGUUUAUCAGGUAUAAAACAAUACUACGUACAGUGUGAAAAAGAAGAUUGGAAAUUUGAUACAUUAUGUGAUCUUUAUGACAAUUUAACAAUAACUCAAGCUGUUAUAUUUUGUAAUACCAAAUUAAAAGUCAAUUGGUUAACUGAUCAAAUGAGAAAACAAAACUUCACAGUUGCAUCAAUGCAUGGAGACAUGAAACAAGAUGAAAGAGAUUCAAUAAUGAAUGAUUUUAGAACUGGGAAUUCUCGAGUAUUAAUUUCAACAGAUGUAUGGGCAAGAGGUAUUGAUGUUCAACAAAUUUCUUUAGUUAUAAAUUAUGAUUUACCAAAUGAUAAAGAAAAUUAUAUACAUAGAAUCGGUAGAUCAGGAAGAUUUGGUAGAAAAGGUACAGCUGUCAAUUUAAUUACAAAAGAUGAUAUACAGGCUCAAAAAGAAAUUGAGAAAUUUUAUUCAACAAGGAUCAAAGAAAUGCCCGUAAAUAUUAAUGAUAUAAUGUAA